AUGACAAAGGAAAACUACAUAGAUUGUGGGUUAUUCCUUAUGAAACACAUGGAAACAUAUAAGGGUGGGGAUCCGAAUAAAUGGAUUGUGGGUUUGGAGCCUGAAUUCGCUGACAGUGAUGACAAACAAAUACAGCUAAAUGAAUUGAGAAAGAAGUAUGUUACAAAAAUUUUGACAUCAGAUUUGAGCAUUAUCAAACCAUCUCUCAACAGAAAGUUAGCAUCAUACGAUAAAUUAUCUGAUGCGGAGAAGGAAAACUUGAACACUGAAGAACAUCUCCAACGCAUGGAGCGCAUAAUCAGUUUGUUUUAUUAG